UGUGAGGAUGAUGAACGCUCUGCUCUGCAUGCUGGUCUUUUUCUUGCUCUGGUCUUUCAUCUCUGCACAGGAUGAUGUUUCCAUUAAACCCACUGUGACUCUGCAACACAACUGGUCUCCAAUAUUCAGAGGAGAGACAGUCACUCUGAGAUGUGAGAUCCAUGGAAGUGGAGGAACUGAAUGGACGUAUGAAUGGAUAACAACCAACAGAACCUCUCUGACAUCCAAUGAAUCCAGGACUAUAAGAGCAGACAGUGACUCCUACAGCUGCAGAGGAAAAACAAACUAUGAGCAAACUCAAUGGAGUGAUUCUUUUUUAUUAACUGUUGAAGAAAAACCAACAGCCAAACUAAUAGCAGAGGAAACAGUCAUACCAGCAGGGGGCAGUAUAACACUGACCUGCUCUGUGCCCAGCUCUGCUGGAUGGCAGUUUGACUGGUUCAGACAGGAGUCAUUGUAUCAUGCAGCUGAGUCCAUCAGAAACAAUGACCCUGAUGGAUUCCUCAGCAUCUCAGAGGAAGAUCCUCAUCCAGCAGCGUCUCUCUCAGUGAGUCCUGACAGAGUUCAACACUUCAACUCUGACUCUGUGUCUCUGAGCUGUGAGGGAAACUCUACUGAAUGGAGAGUGAAGUGGAUUACAGAAAUAGGUUUACUGUUUGACUGCUUCUACAUCGGGAACAUGAACAGAUCUACAUGUAGCAUCAAUAUGGACUGGUAUCAUAGUGGAGUGUACUGGUGUGAGUCUGGAUCAGGACACUUCAGCAACAGCGUCAACAUCACUGUUCAGGGUAGGACGGUCUAA